UAUUUCAGUAUCAGCUGCACACAGGCAUUGGCUACACUGCAGCACACUUCAUCAAUAAGAGCCAGCGAGGGCUGUGAGGUUUGCCACACUGCCUUCAUCCAGGGAGGAGUGAGAGCAAAGGCAGAGCCUGGCAGAGAAACAGAGUAUCUGCCGAGGGUAAGGCUGCAGUUUGCAGUCCCAGCCUUGAGGUGCUUUUUGCUGCUGUCCCUCGUUCAGAUCAUCCCAGAUAAUAGCUUAACAAGCAACAAGAAUGGAUGUUUUUAAGAAAGGUUUCUCCAUCGCUAAAGAAGGUGUGGUGGCUGCUGCAGAAAAGACCAAGCAGGGAGUGACAGAGGCUGCGGAGAAGACUAAAGAAGGGGUAAUGUAUGUAGGCACCAAAACCAAGGAGGGCGUGGUGCAAAGUGUGACCUCAGUUGCUGAGAAGACCAAAGAGCAGGCCAAUGUGGUGGGAGAGGCUGUAGUAUCCAGCGUGAACACAGUGGCAAACAAAACUGUAGAAGGAGCAGAGACCAUCGCAGCCACCACAGGAGUUGUAAAAAAGGAGGACCUGGCAGCGCCGGAGAAGCCGCGGGUGGCCGGAGAGGGGGCCCCGGCGCCGGGCCCGGGCGGGGCAGAGGGUGAAACUGAAGGUGAUCCAUCAAGUUAGGGAAUCCUAGGUCAAAAAAGACCAUUCCAAGAGCAUACAUGGAAAUAUUAGCUGACACUACAACAGGAAAAUCCCACUGUCCAUAGACUAACUACAUUCAGCUCUGUAGUCUUUCACUUGCCUCAAAAAGAGUUGUACAAUACAUGUAAGCCAGACUCCUCUGAUUGUAAGUAAAGUUCAGGUGUGUACCAGGGGGUCUGUCCUUCCCCACCUCCCUCCUGGCUUCCCAACCCACUUGCUUUGCAUCUUUUGGUUGGACUCACUGGUCUGUGUGUCACCUCCAUCUGCACUGGCACUUGGGAUCUCUAGGUAUUGUGGAAAUAUUUUUUUUUUAACUAAUAAAAAAGUGUUUGAACACA